GACACUAGGUGGCAACCACAUAAAUAUACUUGAUCGCUGGAGAGCUCUUAGAUGCCUUCUCCCUCUUUCUGGGAAGUGUUGGUCUGCAAUAAACCAGCCCAGCUCUUUCAGAUGCAAAGAUCUUUUGCUGCAAGCAACGGAUUUUCAAACCUGGCUCUGAUUCUAGUCUUGAAACAGAUGUCUGGUGCCAUGAGCAGUGUUUUCCUCACCUGCCUCCUUUAUAUUUUCAUACCUGCAGGGUUUUCCCUGGAGUGUUGGAGUUGUGAAACAACUGGAAGGAAUUGCCAAGGGCAGAGGCAAACUUGCCCCAUUGAUUACGAAGAAUGCGGUGUCCUUCAGUUGGAGAGGUCAUUCGGACAAAAUAAGCAGACAACUGUGAAGAACUGCACCCAAUCUAACAACUGUGACAAAGAACUUGCAGUUUUCAAUAUGGGCAAGAGGCGGACAAUACUGGGCAAGAUUUCGUGCUGCACAGCAGAUGACUGCAAGAGCAUUAACCCCUUGCGUCCUAGAAAAAUCACAGUUAACGGAUUUAGAUGCCCGUCUUGCUAUUCUGUGCACGGCGUGUGUGUGGAAGAGUCUAUGGAAUGUUCUGGAGAUGAGUACUAUUGCGCUCAGUUGUUUCAGACCCCAAGUACAGGAGGGAACACUGUGACCGUCAUAAAGGGGUGUGCAAACAAGGCUUACUGUGAUCAGAUGGAGAAGUUUGCCUCUGCAGCCAAGAUGAGGUUACUUGAGACAAGCCAUUGUGUACUAGCCUCCAGAGCAGUUAGCAUCAUUCCAGAAUUGUUUGGACUUUUCCUCUCCAGCCAUGCUGGGCUCCUGUUUGUGACAGGCCUUCCGUGAUCCCUGCAUGAUAAACCUGAGCUAUUUCUCCUUUCCGCUCAGGCCUUAUCCAGAACAUCGCCUUUUUUUGACGAACGUAGAGCUAAGAGAGUCACAUCUUCCAGGAAAUAUUUUCAAAAAAAAGAGCGCUUCCUAUAUAUAUAAAAUAUAAUUUAUUAUUUAUACCCCGCCCAUCUGGCUGGGUUUCCCCAGCUACUCUGGGCAGCUUCCAACAAAAUAUUGAAAUACAAUUAUUUUAUUUUAUUUUUAUUAUUUAUAUUUUGGAAGGAGAACGGACACACGUGUAGCAUUUACAG